CUCGUCUCAUUUUUGUUUUGACGCUCGCCCAGUUCGGCUGCUGGUUGCUGUUCGAUCGUGACCUUCAAUAUUCUGUUUUUCGCUACAAUAUAGCGAAAGAUGUUAAAAUUUCAAUAUUUUCGGUCAAACCACGCGAUAAUAAUUUAGAUAAGCUUAUCGAUGGCCGAGUGAGGUAAGAUUUUACGGUCAUAGCACCCAAGCGAGAAAAAUAAGCAAAUGAUAAGGUUUGUGUGAGAAAACGCAGUUUGCUUGUGUUUGAAAAUGCAAAUUCGUGAAGUCGCAAAUGAAAGAAGAAAACUAUUGUUGCGGUAGAUUGUGGUGUUUUGUUGUGUAAUCGAAGUAAAAUUGCGUGAACUAUUACAGUGCAUAUAGUGAAGCCAUAAUCGCAUAGUUUUUAUAAUUUGGAUUAGUGAAAACGCGUAGUACCUACGUAUAGAAUAUUGAAAGUGAAUGUUGCAUUAGUGGGAUAAAAUCAAAACAAAGACCACAUACUUGCGACGUGACACACACGAAGAGAAGAAACUAUACUACACGGUCCUAUUAUUACUGUGUAGUAGUGUUGCAAUUGCAACGGUUGCAACACUGAUCAUCGUAAGGCCGUCGUGUAGGAGUACCACCCAAUUUCAUCGUGGGAACGAGUGGGUGUAGUGCGAGUUGGAGACACGCAACGGCCGUGCAUUGUUGGAUAUGGACUGCAUGGAAGUGAAUCAGUAGUAAAUUGAUUAAAAAAAAAGAAAAACUUCGAAACUUGGCAGAUUAGGGGUUCUGUGUUGAGCAAGGAUAUUUGCACUUAACUGUUGAAAACCGUUCUCGUACCACGAUGGGUAACGUGAUGCACAAAAUAUCCAGUCCUAUCCAAGCCAUGCGGGGUAAGAAACGUAAACGGGAAGACGAUGAUUCCGAUGGCAACGAGGAUAACAGUGAUUUGCUCGACAGAUCGAUGGCUACACCCAAACGGAAGAAACUGAUCUCUACGGCGAAGUACAUCUAUCAAGCCCUGUUCAAAGAGGAACGCAACUCCGAUAUCACCGUUCACGCGCUGGGUAAAGUGUGGCACCUGCACAAGGUGUAUCUCAGUCAGAGUCCAUACUUUGCAACCAUGUUCAACGGUUCCUGGCGGGAAGCGGAUGAGGAUUACGUUCACAUCGAAAUCGUUGAUCCGAAAAUUACGAUUGAGUCGCUAUUUUCGGUGUUUGGCUCAUUGUAUAUGGACGAAGUAGUGCUGGAACCGAGGGAGAUAGUGUCGAUACUAGCAACGGCUACCCUGUUCCAGUUGGAUAGUCUCAUUGAUCGAUGUGCGGAAGUGAUGAUAGAAACCACCAAUGCUGAGACAGCGGUCAAGUACUACGAAGCAGCCUGCGAGUAUGGAGUAAAAUCUGUGAAACAAUCCACCUUCAACUGGCUGCUGGUGAACCUGCUCAGUUUGUACUACAAAACCGGUAAAUGGUUACGGUUAAUUAACAUUGAACUGAUGGAAUUACUGGUGGCAAGCCCGGAUUUGUACGUUAUGCAGACCGAACUAUCUCUUUAUACACUUCUGAGGUUCUGGACGUAUUUAAAGCUUCAUGUAACGAACGACGCCGAAUGCGAGAAGGCAUCAUCGUCUGAUGAUCCAUUGCAGUAUUUUGCUCAGCGACAGAGUUCGCUAGCGUUCCUAGACACACCGAAGGGAAGACCGUUCGUAAAGUGUUUUCGAGCAUUAAGGUUACACAAUUUGUUAAACCAUCAUGUAGAUAUUAAAGUACUGAAACAGGAUAACAUCAUUCCUUCGGAGUGGCUUAAUGAGCCAUUGUUUCAGCAAUGGAACAGCAUGCUGUUGAUCGACCAAUCGUUGGACAAAGGGCCGAAAGAGGUUGACGACAAAUUGUUUUUGGAUACCUGUAUUCGCUGUGGAAGGACGUUACCAGAGAACGAGUACCUUAAGUGGCGUUGGACUGGGUUCAAUUUUGGCUUAGAUCUAAUUCUAAUAUCUGAUACUAAAACUUUAAGGGUGAAACGGCACCAUCGUACAGAGAAUGAACGACUAUUGAGUUUGCAAGUGAAACGUCAGUUCCUCAUUCGAGUAUCAGUAGCGUCUCUAAACGAGCUGAGGCAAAUCAAACAUCAACAAACGUCGGCCAUUCAGUCGAUUGCAUUGGACAAAAACGAGGAAGCCAUGCUAAUAAUGUUUGACAAGGAACUCACCUACCCACUGUUAAUCUCAGUCAACAUGCUAGUCGUCUCACCUUCGCGAAAGUCCGCUAAUCCAGCAAUCGUCGGUUCUCCGACAGCUGGUCCAUCUACUGCCCGACCACUAAAACAACCCCGAGACAUUGCAAGCGACGAAGAAUCGCUUGAUGCCAGCGGUAACAACACAACGGUGGACUCCUGAUUGGAAUCGAUCCCUGUUCAGCGUACAGGACAGCGACGCACUGGAAGCAUACCUAGAUGCUAAUCGCCUUCAGUAUCUUUCCUUCACCUAUAUCAGCUGAUUUCUGGUACGGGCGAAACAUCUAUAAUCGUUCAUUAUGUGCCCUGGCGGUUCGCGUUUCAUCUAUACAUACAGUCUAUUUUUUGCUUUUUAUCAGUGAUAGUAUUAAGCUAGUGUGGGCUAACCAACUUAAUAUUGGUUCUUUGGGUAUCGAAUCUUUCAUCGAAAAUGAUAAAAUGUUUUGUUUAAUAUUUUGGUUUUGAAAAUCAAAUUUCUUGAAAAAUAUAGGUACUCGAAUAUAGCGAGCCUACAUAUUCUGGUAUGUUAUGGAAGAUAUUUUAUAGUCUUUACAAUUGCAACAUUUUGCUAUUGAUACUUAUUUUCUGAAAUUCCUGCAGAAUACCUUAUUUGUUUAUUAUAUUUGGGUUAUUAUGAUUUCAAUAAAGAAGAAUAUUGAAUGUUCAAUUGCGUAUUGUACGCGAUUUACAGGGCUUUUCUGUCACCGGGGCACUUUCUAAUGUUUGUUUAAUGUUAAAAAAAUGAACCGACUUGAAACUUGGAUUUUGAUAAUUUGUUGGAAAACUCAUGCUCAUGCAGUUCUCAAAUAUUUCCGGGCGGAGUGCUUAAAAAUCACUUGUGGUUUUUCAGUUUUCAAGAAGGAAGGCCACAAUAAAUUCCCUCAGUAGAGAUUUUUAGUAUGGAAAAACUUUGAUAUGCCUUAAUAGUGCAUGUUAUUGCGAGCUCUAUCACAACGGUAUGCACUUUACAAUACGCUAUCGUUUGCGCAUUAUCUGAUGUUUUCGAUCUCAAGCGAGACUGGAUUGUCCCAUAAAGGACUUACAAACUUAUCCACCUCAUGAAAUCCAUUAACACGCAUGCCUCUUAAUAUUCCUAUAAGCAUGUUUUCUUUUGUUAUUAUUUGUUCCAAUAUUUUUGUCCAACAUAGUAAUGCAACCGGUUCAAAGAAGUUGUCGACAAAUUAGCUGGGUGUGGUCAUCAAACACAUUUGUUAGACCAGAACAAUUUCUAGGUAUAUCUAUCUGCACUAUCAAACUAGAACCAUCAUCUUUUUCGUUUUAUUAUUUACCCCUGAUGAAUACUAUGGGGUUUAGUAUACUAAACAUCCACCUUAAAAACAUAAAUGUUCGCCUCCAACUUCGCUUCUUUUAUAAUUAACGUCAAGUGAGAACUCAAGUGCCUUGUUGUAGAAUACUGCUGUACUGUCUUAUCGAAAUUAUGUAAUUAGUUAAUGAAACCCUAACACUGGUUUUAAUUAUUCCACAAACAAAUAUUACAUAUAUGUUUUACUCAGGUAAAUGACUGGUUGAAGCCAGCGAAUAAACAAACAAAAUUAUUCAUUUGUUUCCUAAUAUUUUUCUGCGUUGUCGAAUGCUGCUAAGUAACACAAUAAAUUAGAGCAGAAUUUUAUGUUAGUGCCACACAUGCUGAGAAAAAUUGAAUAUUUCUUCGGCGUUAAAAAAUAAUAAGAAAAGUUAAACAUUUCAUUAUCUAUCAUUUUUUUCUUAGAUAACACUGAGGAUAUUAAGAAUAAAUGUUGUGAAACUGCACAUCCAGCUUAAAGAUUGUUGUAUAAACUUAACAGCACAAACUAAUCCCACAUAAUCUUUUAAUUUAAUAUAUUUUUUUGAUUCAUAGGUAUAUGCAACAUGUCAUGUAAGCAUUUAUUUCAUUGAACUGUGAAACAAUACUAGAGUGUACAUAUUAUUUGGGCUUCCCCCAGCAUAGACAAAAUAGGAGAAACCUACCCAGUUACACGUGUUAUGUGCAAAUAAAAAGCCAUUUAAACUUUAGUGCCAGUUACCGAAAACAUAGUUAGAAAAAAAACAGUCGCAAUACUGCCGCAUCUAACCGAACUUUUGCUAGUGUUCGGCUUCCACAACAACAUGUGUCCGUAAUUAUUAUAAUCUGCCGGGUAACGCAUCAACAAUUAAUCAAAAUUUACGGCACUAACGAUACGUUAUGUAUAAGUGAUAAGUAUGUUUUGUAGGAUUGUCGUGAAAUAGGAUAUAUUUACUUAAUUCAAUUAUUAACUGUAAACGUUUAGUUCACUGAUGAAUUUUCAUCUAAUUAAGACGUAUAUAACGAACCUGUCAUUAACUUUUACUUUCUAAGCCGAGCGUUCUCAGAAUAAAAUGAAGGCAUCCUUUAAUUCAUCGGAAUAACAUAAAUUUAAUUGUUAUGAUAUUUUCAUCAUUCUGAUUAAUACAAAUUUGAAUUGAAA